AAGAAGCAGCAGCAGCAGCGCUCGAGUCUCGACCGUAACUCUCAUCACACCAAGACGCAUUCAGGCAAUUAAAGAAGUGAUGCUCCACAUUGCAAUGUUUAUACCGUCAGUCUCAUCCUUCGCAGUAGACACGCCGGAGCUGCAAUGAAGGCAGGGGCCUCGUCCAUGUGGGCUUCAUGCUGUGGUCUGCUGAAUGAAGUCAUGGGUACUGGGGCCGUCAGAGGCCAGCAGCCAGGGUUUGGAGCCGGUGCUGGACCCUUCAGAUUUGCCCCCAGUGCGGGAUACUCCACAUACCCGCCCACCAGCUCAGGGAGUCCCAGUCUUGUAUGCAAGGCCUGUGGUCAGGCCUUCUCAGUCUUCAGGAGGAAGUAUAUUUGCUGCGACUGCAAGAAGAGCUUCUGCUCGUUGUGCUCCGUGCUUCAGGAGAAUCUGCGCAUUUGUGCCACAUGUCAUUUGCUGAAAGCAACAGCUUUUCAGCGGCCACGGCUCAUGCGCCUACGAGUCAGGGACCUGCGUCAGUACUUGUUGCUCCGUAACAUCCCCACCGAUACCUGCAGGGAAAAAGAAGAUCUGGUGGACUUGGUGCUGUGUCACCAAGGCAUUGAGGAAGAGGAUGACCAUGACACGGGCAGCCUCCACUCGCGUUCCCUGUAUACGCCGACCCCUUCCACCACACAAUCAGCCUCAGAGCUGUCUGCUUUUGUCGCCUCUCAGGAGGAGCAGCUCAGCAGGAGUGAUAGCUCUGAUACCAACCAGGAUAUUGGCGAUGCCACAUCUGUGUCUCUCUUAAACCUGGACCCCAGUGAACACACUCCUGAGGUCAGUCCUCAGACGCGACGUCGGGCCAGGGCGUCUCUCUCGGACAUCUCCAGCUUGAGGGACAUCGAGGGCCUGUCUGUCAGGCAGCUGAAGGAGAUCCUGGCCAGGAACUUUGUAAACUAUUCAGGGUGCUGUGAGAAGUGGGAGCUGGUGGAGCGUGUCAGCAGACUGUACAGGGAGACAGAGGAGAACAGGAAAUCAUUGGAAAAUGUGAGCAGUACUGUAACCACAGACGGUGAGAAGGGUCCGCUGACGAUCCACGACGACAACCUCUGCAGAAUCUGCAUGGAUGCUAUGAUUGACUGCGUUCUCCUGGAGUGCGGUCACAUGGUCACCUGCACCAAGUGCGGGAAGAGGAUGAACGAGUGCCCGAUCUGCAGGCAGUACGUCGUGAGGGCCGUGCAUGUAUUCAAGUCCUAAUGCACCCCUGCAACACCACAGCACCUGCUUCAGAGCAGCAGCUCAGACUGAGACUGUACCUUAAAUCAACCAUGCAGCUCAUAACCCUCGAUUCCCCAAAAGACUUUUUUUUGUGGAUGUUCCAUGUUUGUAUUCCCCAAACUCUCACAUUAUUUGCACAUUGAAAUAUUAUGAGAAACGUGUUUUUCUUAAGAAUUUGACUUCAGUUUCACCAGUGGGCAGAGCGUAGGAUCGUACCCUCCUGAGUCAUUCCUCAAGUAAACAUAUCUCUAAUCCGUGUUCAUUCCUAAGUGUCUGUUUUGCUUUUCUUACAAUUUUUCAAAGCAAAGAAUGUGUGGCACUCAGCCACGUGCAGUCCUGUUAAACACAACUCAUCACCCUCAGAUCUGCCUAUGAACUGUAGCUUAAGAGCACAUCUCUUCACAACUGCUGCAACUGACUACAUAUCUUAGUAACACCAAGGAUAGGCGCACACUGGACCUCGCAACAGGAAAGAGGGCGAGUGAACAAGGUGCCAAAUAAUGGGUCAUGCCCUUAUACUUCUCACCCAUUUUUUCCCCUCCCGACUGCGUGGGUCAGUGUGCGGCUGUUGGUUUCUCAGCACGUCUUAACAGAAAGCACUUUGUUCACACUGUGUGUUGAUGCACCACUGCUCACAACCCACUGCAAACAGUGACAACGGUGGCUGAGGUAGCACUUGUACUAAUUAAUUCUUGAGUACUUAAAGGUUAACUUUGGUAUUUUUCAGCCUGGACCCAAUUUUCUCAUGUUUCUGUGUGUAAGUGAGUAAUGGGAACAACAAUUUUUGAAAUUGAUGUGGUAUUGAGCAACUGACAGCGCUGAAACAGCCUGCAAUAUAACCACUCAGGGCAUGUUAGCGCCCUCAGUUUAUGUCCACUAAAAGUGCUUAUUUUGCCACUGACAGGCUCAGAUUAUUAUUCUAAGUGUCUGACAACAUUACAACAACAUCUUGAGAGAGACAGACCUUUUAGACCUUUUGUUUAAGCAGGAAUAGCCCUAAAAUCGCCAUCACCAAACUCACCAGACUCUUAUUUAAGUAAGAAGCAAUUUAAUCAUUGUAAAACCCACCUCAUUCAAAGUAAAUAGAAACAAAUAGAACUCGGUUCGUCUCUUCACUUUUCCAACAAUCACCAAUUCUUUUUUUUUUUUUUUGAAACAAACAGUUAAUUCACCCAAUUAGAUGUGAAAAUAUACUGGUUCUAUACAUGGUGAAAUUAAAUGGAGUCCGGUGGGUUUUGCGAUUGCAGGGCUGUUUCUGGUUAAACAAAAAGGAUCGUGUUCUUUAACGAAAAGGUCUAUCUCUAUAGGUAACCUUUCCAUAAUAAUGUCAUACACCUAAAAUAAUCCGAUCCUGUCGGUGGCAAAAGUAACCACUUCUACUGGAUGCAAAUUGACGGUGCUUAUUUGUCCCGAGUGGUCACAUUGCAGUCUGUUUCGUGGCCGCCAGCUGCAGUUCUCUGACUGAACACUAUGGGAAUUUCAAGAAAUAUUAUUCCCUUUUAUUCCCUUUACUCACUUGAAAACAAAAAAAUGGGAAAAUUGGGUGCAGGUUUAAAACACCAAAAUUACCCUUCAAGCUUGACUGGUGAUAUUUGGAAGGUUACUAACUUAGAAAUCACUGAUCUUGUGUUUUCUUUUCAAGUGAAACUCAGUGUUACUCAGUCUACAAAUGAGCAGGUCCUCUGCCGCUGUGACUCGAGGAUAUUGCUGAUUGAUGUUGGUGAUUGAUGAUGAAGUUGAUGCAUUAUUGAUUAUAUUUACUUGUUUUGUUAUAGAAGCGCAUAUUGUAAUGUAUUACACAUUGAAAUAGUCAUACAAAGUCUGUCAUUACAGCAAUAGCUAACAUCCGCUGUCACCUCCGUCUCUGCACUUGAGUGGAGACAAAAGACAAAAACCGGUGCUAACUCAUCCAACCAUCUUCCCCGUUCUCCAGCUGAACUGUGGAUGUGAAACUCUGAAUGUUUUUGUUUUUGUUUUAUUUUUGUUUUGUCGUAUAUUGUUGGGAGUGGAAUGAAGUGUCUUAAUGCUUUUCAGUUGAUUUUCUUCUUAUGUAGGAGUAAUGUAUUGAACUAACUAUUCAAAGACAUAGUUACAAGUUUACUGACACCUGUGGUAUAGAAAGUAUAUAGAAAUAAUGACUUGCUAAUGUACAUUUGCAUAUAAUGAUCCAUAUGAGAUGUAUAUAUCUAUAUUUUUUCCAUUUGAUUUAAAUUGUGUAAUAUCAGAUUAUUGAAAUCUCCCUGGGAUUGGGUUAGGUUAUUAUUACAGAGUUCUGUUUUCCUGUCAAGUGGUUUUUAAAAAGUGUGUUUAAUCUGCAUAGGUUUGCUUGAACUAUCUGUCCCUCUUGAACCAGAGCAUGACGAGAACCUGUAUGACACCAGUUACAUUGCUACCCUCAUCUUCUCCACCUAUAAAACGUCCCUGUUUUAUUUUCUCUCACCCCAAUCCUGCUCAUUUCGAAGUCUCCAGCUCUGAACUGUACCCACACAAAGUCAACAUUGCUGCUAUUACAGUAAAGAUGUCCCCUACAAUCAUGAACAGUAGCUGAGCAGGUUGCACUUUUCCUUUAGAGAGGGUGUAAUUGUGUGCAAGGUUUGGUCUUUGUAUUUGGGAAUGUUGAACUUUUUAUUUUGGUAAUUAAAGAUUUUAAUUAAAGUC